GAGAUGGGGAGUGUCCCCCAUUAAUGCCUCAACGAGAGUGUGCAUAUCAGUCGGUCAUUCAUUUGUGUUAAGAACCACUCUUUCCAUAAAAUGAGGUCAUCUUUGUGUUGAAAUUUUUUUCGGCAGACAGAAAAUCGAGUCAAAUUGAUUUAUGAUAGCCCUUAAUCACAGAAAAGUCCCGCAGGAGGUUCAAGGGAAAAACUCACAAAACCUCACUUGGGGAAAAAUGAGAAGCCUUGAGAAGGGGCCACAGGUGGGGCAUGCCCCUUCCAGGAUGAGCGGGCUGCGAUGGAGGCCAAGUGGGCAUUAUUGAACACAAGAUGGUGCUCUAAAAAGUUAAUUUGAAUCAUGCAAGAGUCCAUUUCAUAAAAUGAACGCUGCGCCAUCUUCUAACUUCUUAACACCUCUACCCCAAAGAAGGUAUUUUACCGCAAGACAAGUGAACUAAGCGGUAUGCAGCACGGUCAUUUCAUAAACCACACCAGGGCAAGAACAACAGAUUAUUUUUGACCACUGGAAACUGUUGUAUACCGAGCACUGGACCAAGUCUUAAGUAAUCAUUUCUCCUUUGACCCUUUCAGGUACAGCGAUUACUACACUGGACAUCUUAUCAUGUUAUCGGGUCAAAGGGGUUCAUUCAAGGUUGUCAACUGAAGCGAAGGCUCCUGUAAGGAGUUCAAACACAAACUAAAGCUCAAGAAAACGAAUGGCGGUGAAGAAGCGUCCAAGACGACUAUCUCAGCCUCAAGCAAGCUCCGACCGCAAGCAGAAUUUGACCAGCGCGAUCGUUUGUAUUGAAUUUGAUCGUUCAGAAAGACAGUCGCCACAGUCCAUCCGCUGAUGAGCCGAAUCCUGGUAUGAAAAACUGAGAAAGUCGCCACAAAAACAAACCGAUACGCAGAUCGGCUAGUGUCGCUCAUUUGCCACGAUGACUUCAGUCAGUCAACGGGAUAAAAAUGCAACGUACGUGUUCUCCAGUCGGCCCAGGCCGGUCGAGAGUCGCUCAAAGUUCAGCGGGUCCCCCACGGAAACUCCCCAGUAUGGAAAUAUUAUGUACGACCGACGGGUCAUCCGGGGGAAUGUUCAUAGUCAACACAUGUUGCCGGCGAAGACAACGAUGCAGGCGGCCGAUAUUCAACAGCAACACCGAUUCCGGAGGAGGUCGGUGGAGUUCAUGAGGUCCAGGGACCACGUGUGGUUCAAGACUCACGACAACCUGCCCGGUAGAAAACACGUUGACGUGCAAACCGACUCCUAUCUGGAGGAGCUGAGUAACAUCCUGGUGACGAAAGAUAUCGACUCGCAGACGGAUCGUUUCUUGGACAGGCCGGCCACGCCGCUAUUCAUCCCCGCUAAAUCUGGCGAAGAUGUUGCCACGCAAAUCGAAGAGGGGGAGUUGUUUGACUUUGACAGGGAGGUGCAACCGGUGUUGGAGGUCCUGGUGGGCAAAACCAUUGAGCAGUCUCUCCUGGAGGUGAUGGAAGAGGAAGAGCUGGCUUGUUUGCGAGCCCAGCAGAGGGCCUUCGAGCAGCUGAGAAACGCCGAGUUGGCCGAAGUGCAGCGACUGCAGGAGCAGGAGCGCCGCCGCAACGAGGAAAAGGAGUGCCGCAUUGCCCAGCAGAAGGAAGCGGUGAGGAAAGAGAAAGAAACGGCGGAGAUGAUCGCCGCCCAAGCGUGCGCGCAGCAGUUCCUCUCCAAACUUUUCCCCGCCGUCUUCGCUUCACUGAGGAGACACGGCUACUUCUAUGACCCGGUGGAGAGAGAUAUCGAGGUGAAUUUCUUCCAGUGGCUGAUGGCCGAGGUGAACAACACUCUGGAGAAGAGGAACUCGGCCAGGCUGCUGCUGGACACCAUCAUCCACGACAUCGCCCUGGAGAGGCGGGAUUUCUUCAAGGAUUUGGAGGCUGAGCUGGUCCAAUCGGACUAGGAGAGAAAGUGGCUGGGCCAGUCUGCCGGGUGUCGCGUCGGGCCUGCGAUUGAUUGACCAAUCCAAUUCAAUAACCUUCAGAGUGGGGCCGACGAUUUUGUUUUUGGCUCGUCAUGUUUUGCUGCCUGCCACAGCCUGCUUGGAGUUAUUUCAUGACACUCCGGUUUGGAAUUGACAGGAAAACUGAACAAUGGGAAAUCAAUGGAGACAUUUAACAGACUGGGAAAAAUAAUAGACGCAUGUAUUCUCCCCAGUCUGUGAAAAAAAAAUCCUAU